CAGUCCGGACUUUAUGGAGUCGUCACGACUCGCCAGAGAUAGCCAUCAAUUACAACCCCGGCAGUGACCAGUAGCUGGAGGGAACUGUGCGUGUGAUGAGGAGCAGGCAACUUGAGAAACAGUAUAUGAAUAGUGGGCAAACUGAAUAUAAACCACCUAACGGUGACUUAUUGAUACCAUGGCAACAAAUCAACAUGACAUCUGCAGUUGCUCUAUUUCUAAGCGGCAAAGGUUAUCAUGGGUGGUGCACAUUUGUUGUUGACUAUCCCACGGACGUACGUCGAGUCCUAGCGCUUGCUUUCUGGCUGUUUCUUCCCCAGACACCGGAAGUACCAUUCGAACGCAAACCAUGUUGCGAGCUUCGCAAACAUACUCUACCUAACAGUGACCAUCACUUGCGCGAAGAGAAUGUUGUUCAACUACAUACGCCGAUGGUACAGGUCUGCCAAGAACCGGGGGUAGUUCCUCCUUCGUUCGUACGGCGUUAUUCCCUUGCGUUGUAUCCAUUCUACUGCGCUGAAGUGGUUAUACAAGAAGCGUUCCGUGUUGUUUAUCGGCGAUAGCGAGCCUUCACCUGAUAUGAGCCGGGUGCCUCGGAUAACCUCUACGGUAUUUCCACGAUGGAUGAUGUAUCAUGUAAGAAGCUGAAGUGCCGUCAGUUGAAACCCACAUAUCCCAAAACGAUAUUGGAUUGCCGGGAUGAUGAGUGUCGGAUGAAAAAGUUGCCCUUGGGCCGGCCCGCUCAUCCAGGG